UACAUUUGCUGUUGUCAUCACCACAUAACACGUAUUGUACGGUUUGCGAUUUGGGCGAGAAAGUGCUGUUUUCAUUAAAGAAUAAUCAUUAUAUUGUGCAUUCCGUGAAGAAAAUUAUUUUGGAAAAGAGGCGGCUUUUCAAGCCCACAGUUAAACAAUAAAAGUGAAGGAAAACAUAUUGUAAAGUAGUGGUAUCGAAAACAUAAAAAAACAACACCUGACAACAUCGGCCGUCCCUUUUGCGUAAAGGUUUGAACGUACUGCAGCUGCAAAUCUAGUUACAAUCCACACAUUCGCAUCCAAACGAACAAAUACAUUAGUUACAACAACAAUACAAAGAACUAAAAUUACAGAAAAAAAGUAAUCAACAACAACAACAAGAACAACAUAAAUUUUUAGGCGAAGUUAUAAAGUUAUAAGCCAAACAUUUGUGACUGCAGCAAAGUGGGAAGUGCCACUAAGCUAAUAGAAAACAGUUGGCAAGUGAAGCAGCAGCAGCAGCAGCAGCAGCUCCAACACCCCAAAAGCAUACCAAUACAACUACAGCAAGAACAACAGCAAGAAAAUGGCAACAACUGCACGUAGCGGUGGCAAUGCCAGUGGCAGUACAGCUCAGCGUCCCAACGGUACACAGCAAAAUAAGAAUUGCCAAUUCAAAUUGGUGCUAUUGGGCGAAUCGGCGGUGGGCAAAUCAUCGCUUGUGCUACGCUUCGUUAAAGGGCAAUUCCACGAAUAUCAAGAGAGUACGAUAGGCGCUGCAUUUCUAACACAAACCAUCUGCAUAGAGGAUACGGUGGUCAAAUUUGAAAUUUGGGAUACGGCCGGUCAAGAACGAUAUCACAGCUUAGCUCCUAUGUACUAUCGUGGUGCUCAAGCCGCCAUCGUGGUGUACGAUAUACAAAAUCAAGACAGUUUUCAGCGUGCAAAAACCUGGGUCAAGGAACUGCAUAAACAAGCAUCGCCGAACAUUGUUAUUGCCCUGGCUGGCAAUAAAGCGGAUUUAUCAAAUAUGCGUGUUGUAGAAUACGAAGAAGCAAAGCAAUAUGCCGAAGAGAACGGUCUACUCUUUAUGGAGACGUCGGCAAAAACGGGAAUGAAUGUGAAUGAUAUAUUCUUAGCUAUUGCUAAGAAGUUACCUAAAAACGAUGGAGCACACAAUCAAGGCGCUCCUGCUGGUAGAAGGCUGAAUGAAAAUGAAAAUACCCGACAAACAAACAAUUGCUGCAAGUGAUGUCCUUUUGUAGAUAUGUGCUUUUAUCUACUUGCAGAAAAUGAAAUUUCCAAUGAGAGAUUUGAAAAAAUUAUGCUGAUAAUUAUAAAUAAAAAAAUAAAUAUUUAAAUUACAAUUAAAAAACAGAAAAAGAAACAAAAACAAAAACAAACAAGAAUUAGCAAGCAGAAACAAAAGUAAGGAUGUUGGAUGUAGAGUGGGCAGAGCAACCAAUAAUAAUAAUAUUAAAAAAUAUAUAAAAUUUAAAUUAUGAAAAAUUAUGAUAAUAUGAUGGUAAAUGCUAUGGAAAUAGUUUAAAAUAAAGUCACAUUAAAAAUAGAAAAGCAGAAAAUGAGAAAAUGAGAAAAAAUACUAACGAGAAAAACCAUACCAUACCAAAACAGGAACAAAAACGCUCCCCUUUUCAGCUACACCCUCAUUCGCGCAUCAAACAGCAGCGUAACAUAUAAACUAUACACAACUGUCUGUGUGACAGUUCCAACACAGCACCCCACCCCCUCUCGUACCCACAACGACAUUUGAAUGCAUACAGCGUUUCAUGUAUGUUUCAGUUACUCCGCAUAAAAGGCAAAAAUAUACAAAAUCAGCGAAUGCAAUAAUUUUGAAUACUGCAAAUGAAAGUUAAAAGCGUCAACUUUUUCAGUAAAAGCUACAGAAAACACACAAAAUGAGAAAAACAAUAAAUAUAAAUUAAAUUAAAUUAAAGCAAAGCGAAACACACACAAGACAUACACAUGCACUGCAAAGUAUAGCUUAAUGAGUAACGAGAGAGACGUAUGGUCGGUCGGUCGGUUGAAAUUUUCGUGCUGAGAUCACGUUUAUGGCAACGUUACAAAUUCCAGGCAACAGCUGUCAACAUUCUGAGUUCGCGUUGUUGUUGUUGUUAUUAAUAUACACGUACAUAUGUAUACAAGCUGGUGUGUGUUGGUAUGGCGCAGCUUUUUGCAAGUUUCCUGUUGGGUUACAACGUUUCUAUGGGCGCAAAAGCGCAUACAAAACACACUCACAUUCAUACAUACAGACAGACAGUUGCAUAUGUAUGUACAUUUGCAUGUAAAUAUUUGCAAGCAAACAUACAAACACACACAAUUAAAUAUAUUUUCGCGUCGCCGAUCGCUGUAAAGUAAAGGUAGCAUUGCUUUUUAUUUUCCAUUCUUGUUGUUGUUUCUUUUCUUUUUUUUGUUUUCUGUUUUGGGCCAAGUCAAUUUUUUGCAUGUGUGUCAAGCAAGCAAUUCGCUCUAAUCUCUUAUUAGCAAUUCCAAAUUGAA